UCGAUUGGUCUGGCACCCUCCAAAUUUCCCUUUGCAGAUCACACGCCGCUUCCUAUCUCUGUGAUUCCUUUCAAAUCCGUACCAUAUAGGAUAUAUAGCUUCCAUUUAUUCUUCGUUGUCUUGAAGAGAGAGUACAAUGGCAGAAGAGGAAUAUCCUGACGUGGAGCUCAGCGACAAGCAAAAGAAAGAGAUCGCUAAAUGGUUCCUCCUCAACUCUCCCGCCGGUGAAAUCCAAUACGUCGCUAAAGAUUUGAGAUCGGUUUUGAAUGAUGAGAGAAUAUAUAAUGAGGCGGCUCAAGAGGCAUUCCCUCUCUACAACAAAUCUCAUAUUAUUUGCCUCGAAUUCCCCGACAGAAGCGGAGAUGUGUUGAUUACAUCUUAUAAUGAGCUUGAUAAGAAUGAGUAUCUUGAUCCUAGAACUGCCCAAGUGGCUACAGUUAACCAUGUUAAGCAAGUUUGUACAGAGGUGAGACCUGCAGCUGAUGAGGAACUUCCAUCGCCUUAUAUAGAGGACUUUCGGUGUACUCUAGAUGCCGAAAUACUAAAAUAUGUUGGUGAAGCUUAUCCAAAGGGAAUCUGUUCUGUGUACUGUGUUAACGGAAAAGAUGUGGAGGGACCAGGAUCUAAUUUUGAGCUUGUUGUGGUGAUUUCUGCUGUUAAAAAUAGCCCAAAGAAUUUCUGCAAUGGAAGCUGGCGCUCAGUAUGGAACAUUGAGUUUAAGGAUGAUAUGCAAAUGCUGGCAAUAAGAGGCAAGAUACAGGUUGAUGCCCAUUAUUUUGAAGAAGGAAAUGUUCAGUUGGACGCCAAAAAUGAAUGCAGAGAUGAAACAAUGUUUCAGGCCCCAGAUGAUUGUGCAUUGUCCAUAACCAACACUAUACGCCACCAUGAAGCAGAGUACCUAGCAUCUCUUGAGGAAUCCUACUCGAAUCUGCCUGAUACCACUUUCAAGGAUUUGCGGAGGAAACUCCCGGUUACUCGCACCUUGUUCCCAUGGCAUAACACUUUACAAUUCAGUCUGACAAGAGAUAUCCAGAAGGAACUUGGAAUUGGAAAAUGAGUAAUAAUGCUAUAAGUAUACACCUUGUGGCCUUGUAAAAUUGCAUUAGUGAUAUCCUGACAAACGAGUACAUUUGUUUCUUGAAAAGGAAGUUGGAAUUGGAAAGUGAGUAAUAUCAUGUCAAGAGUAUGCACUGCAGUGCCUUUAGUCCAUUGGUGUCUCGAGUCUACAACUUAUUAUGAGAGUUCUUUGCUUUCUUUUCCCUUCCCUUGGUUAUUGUAAUUUUGCCAUUGUCUGUGCCAAAUUUUCUCUCCCAUCAGAGUUCCUCAGUUUUGGUUUGUAGCCCUGUAUCAUUCAUUGGAAGUUAUGUAUAGCUGUGUUGUCAAUGAUAAUUAUCUUUUUCCUGUA